GGGCACACUCUUGGACUCGCUUGUAAGUUGUGACAUUACGCUUGACGGUGGGGCGCGAGCCACAGUUUUGACACGGUUGUACCAGGCGGUUUUCCGUCCCCACACCGUUAGCUCCGUUGCUCGGUCUCUUUCGAGGAUGAUAACCUUCUUGACUCUCUUCACGUCACUUUCCUACCCGAUCUUUCGUCUGGACUCUUGCUGAACUUCUGAGCGGUUUUUCCCCUGGACGGAGGCUCAUUCUUUUCGCAAGAAGUUGCUGGGUGGUUUUCUGAGUCCAGAGAGGGAAUGGAAGGAGAAUCGACAGUGAAAUUUGACCGGUGGGGUUCCCCUGUUACAACCACUUCUGAUGCAUGCAUCUCCCUUAUCAAUUCCUACUAUCACCAGGUUUUGUGUUAUGGAAGAGAGAGGAAGGUGAUAAUGGCCGCCAUGGAAGAGGACAGAGAAUGUGUUCUCGCAAACGCCUUGGCCGCUCUCUUUCUCUUCUCUCGUGACACUUCUGCGGCUUCCAGACAUCUCCAGGUGGCUGCGGCUCGACUGGGCCGUGCCACCUCCUAUGAGAAGUUGUUAUAUGACUCAGUCUCUUCCAUUAUGAAUGGAACCGAUUGUGAAACUGUUGUUGCUCUCCAUUCGAAGCUACUGAGAGAGUUCCCACGUGAUUUGGCUUCUUUGAAUAGAGCUCAAGCGCUAUGCUUCUACAUGGGACGCCCAGAUCUAUCUUUGGGUCUUGUAGAACAGCAGGUUUUACCAGAAAAUCAACAGGAGAGCUACAUAUAUGGGAUGCUUGCAUUUCCGUUGCUGGAGCUUGGGAGAAUGUCUGAUGCAGAGAUUUCUGCUAGGAAAGGACUUGAAAUCAACAAAAGUGAUCCUUGGUCACAGCAUGCAUUAUGCCAUGUUUUCCAGUACGAAUGUCAUUUUAGGGAGGCAGUUAAGUUUAUGGAAGAAUGUUCUCCCUCAUGGAUUGAUUGCUCGUCAUUUAUGUAUACGCAUAAUUGGUGGCAUGUUGCUCUUUGUUACAUGGAUGGUCAUUCUCCAUUAAAUAGAAUUUUAGAUAUUUAUGACCGUCAUAUCUGGGCAGAACUGCAAAGAGAUGAUGCUGACUGUGCAGAGGUUUAUUUAAAUGCUCUAGGCCUAUGGUUGCGGGUGGAUGUGAGAGGUUGGAUUGGUUAUACGGGGAAUCGUCUUAGAAACUUGGCCAAUUGUCUCUUGAAUCAGGAAAGUUGGCAUGUGGAUUGGUUGCUUGAUCUAUUAUCGGUAUGGGCGUUAGCUCAUAUAGGGGAAAUACCAAGAGCAGAGGAUUUGGUCAAGAGUAUUAAAUCUAGGCUUUAUUCGAUGAGCCAAAAGAAGCAACAAUCAUUGCAUAAGGGAGUGUUGCUUGCUGAAGCUUUAUUUGAAUAUGGAAGAGGAGAUUAUCAACACGCGUAUGACAUUCUUGGUCCCGAUUUCAAUGCCAACAACUUUAAGGUGAUUGGAGCAUCUGAUGAACAACUUGAUGUUUUUAAUGAAGUGUGGUAUACCAUUCUAUUAAAUACAGGAUACACAUCUAAAGCAAUUGGAGAAAUUGAGAAGCGGCUACAACAUAGGAGUGGGGUUCCCUUCUUAUGGAACUUACUUGAGAAGGCAUAUAUACUUGCAGACAAGAGAGAGGAUGCUGCUGUAGCAAAAGAGAAAGUGACAACAUUGGAGCACGCAUAUUUCAAACAGGUUCUAUAGAAUCUUGAACGUAAGAAUUGUAUUGUAUGUUGAACGUAAGAACGUAAGAAUUGUAUUGUAUGUUGAACGUAAGAGUUGUAAGUUGUAACAUAUGUGACUUUUUUAUGAUAAAACUACACUAGAAUAAAGUUAUUGCAGCACAGAGUUGUAAGCUGUAACAUAUGUGACUUUUUUUAUGAUAAAACUACACUAGAAUAAAGUUAUUGCAACGCAAA